UUUCAUAUAUAAAGGGAGAUAAUUGUUAUCAAUAACCUUGAGAGGCCACAAAAAGUAAUAUGCCCAAAUGAAUGCUUGGCAUGAAAAAUUACUACUCUAGUGAAAAAGAUCCGCAUGUAAUUUGUAGCAGAAAGUAAACAUAAAGGGAACAGUAAUAUUAGGUUGUAGCCUGACAGUUCCUGGGUUUGUGACAAACCACUAACAGUAAAAUGAGGAAAAUGAGCUUAAAGGUACUAUCUUACAGUCAGUGAGCUAGCUUUUUUUAAAUGAUUAUUUGCAGGUGCGUGUAUGUGUGUUAAAAGAGCCUUGCUUUUAUGAAGUCAUGGCUGUUUCUUAAAAACGUUUUCGUUUCCUGUAGUCUUUCUGAUUGAAAAUGCCUAGGAACGCUGUGGUAGUGAUUACAAGACUGAGAAAUGUUCUUUUCUCCUGGCUGCAGAUGAGGCCUUGCUGUAGUUCGUUGAUGACCAUUGAGUUGAAAUGGGCUUGUGCUGGGGCACUCCAAGGUUUGAGGUGUUUGAGUGUUUGGCUCUUCUGAUGUCUUGGUCUUGAAUGCUUGGAAAUUAUCUAACUUAAGGCCUACAUGAAUCCAAUAGCAAUGGCCAGAUCAAGGGGUCCAAUCCAGUCUUCAGGGCCAACAAUCCAGGAUUAUCUGAAUCGACCCAGGCCUACCUGGGAAGAAGUGAAAGAGCAACUAGAAAAGAAAAAGAAAGGCUCUAAGGCUUUGGCUGAAUUUGAAGAAAAAAUGAAUGAGAAUUGGAAGAAAGAACUAGAAAAGCACAGGGAGAAAUUAUUAAGUGGAAAUGAGAGCUCAUCCAAAAAAAAGCAGAGAAAGAAGAAAGAAAAGAAGAAAUCUGGUAGGUAUUCAUCUUCUUCUUCAUCAAGCUCUGAUUCUCCCAGCAGUUCUUCAGAUUCUGAAGAUGAGGAAAAGAAGCAAGCAAAAAGGAAAAAGAAAAAGAAGAACCGUUCACAUAAGUCUUCUGAAAGCUCCAUGUCAGAAACUGAGUCAGACAGCAAGGAUAGUUUAAAAAAGAAGAGGAAGUCAAAGGAUGCAACGGAAAAAGAAAAGGACAUUAAAGGAUUUAGUAAAAAAAGAAAGAUGUAUCCUGAAGAUAAACCUUUAUCAUCUGAGUCCUUAUCAGAAUCAGAUUAUAUUGAAGAGGUACGAGCAAAAAAGAAGAAAAGCAGUGAAGAACGAGAAAAGGCAACAGCAAGUAUCUCUUAUCUUUUUACGUAACAGCGUCAUUUUGGUUUAAUGCACAGGGAGCUGUGUAAUAAAGCAUGAGCAGGAAAUGAUUGGGAAGGGCCUGGUUUUUAGCAGCCUCGCUGAGUGGAAAGUCGACUGGCUUGGGACGAAGGAAGAAUGCUGUGGUGGCAAACAUGCAGCGUCUGUCCCAGGGUCUGACCUUCAGAAAUAAGAGCUCAGACUUCCAUUUGACGUUUUUAAGCUAUAAUAAAGUAUAGCUUAGGUAGAAAAACCAGGAAUAACAACAGCAACAAAGCCUCUUGAAGCACGGGCUUCAAAAAAAGACCAGAAAGGAACAACAUAGGACUCAUGAAUACCAAGGGUUCUGUUAAUAGUUUUGGUUUUGGUUUGGUUUGGGGGUUGUUUUGGUACCAGGGAUCGAACUCAAGAC